AUGCUACCCCACAACCCACACCAUCCUCGCCACUAUGGCAACUCCUUCUCCCAACCCAAUCCGGCACCUCCUUUCGACCUUGACGAGCUCUACUCGAGUCAACCUUCCUCCUCCAUGGCUUCUUCCUACAAUGAUGCUUUUCAAGCCAGCUCACGUCGUCCACAAUGUCCAGAAUGUGGAACGCGCAAGAUGCGCCUUCGUGCAGGACAGCUCAUCUGCAAGCGCGGUCACGUUCAGCAGCACUUUCGCAUCGAGCAAGCCGAGGACGACGAGUUUCUUGGUGACGGUGUGGCUCGAAAGCGUCGUGUCACCAAAGUCAAUAAAGUGCGCAGAGUCAAAAGUCAGCACACUCCGUACUAUUCCCAGCCAGAAACGGACGUAGAGCCGGAGGAUAGCGAAGAGGAUCAGCUGGAGAAAGAACUGCAUCGAGCUCACAAGAAGGCCAGGCGGUACAGCUUCAGACCGGGACGCUCGGCGCAUCCAGCACACUCCGAAGAGGUCGACGAGCUAGUGACCGACAGUCAGGAGGAAGAGCAAGACAGCGAUCCUCCAUACUCUAUACGUGCCGACAGCUUCUUUGAAAGACCUCCACGGUCAGCACGUAGCUAUGCAGCAUCAUCUGCCGACGAGCAAAGCGGGAUGGACUCUGAGCCAGACAUGUACGCGAGAGCAUCCAGGCGAGGCAUUCGGAGCAUCUGGCGGUCUGGUGUCGGCCUUCACGGAGCAAACGAAGGUCGAUUCGCCCUUCUUCAGUGCUUGCAGCUCAUUCUGCGACAUCAACUCCAUGCGCUGCGUGAGGUAUGGGGCGACAAGAUGCCACCUGAGAUCGAGGCUGUCGCACGCGAUCUAUGGACCAUGUUCGUCUCGCUUCUCCCUGUUGGUCACUAUCCGCCCGAGCCUCUAAUUGCAGCCACAUUCGACUGGCAUACUCGCUACUCACUUUCACAGGAGCGAGCAGCAGAGCUCUUCCCAAAUCAUGCUACAUACGAUCCCGAGACCGACAUUAGACACCACAGACGAAGGAUGCUAUUCAACGGAUACCAUCAGCAUGUCGAACGCAGGCAGCGCCAUGGAGGCACACACCACGAUACUCCUGCUCAGGAUGCAGAAGGGAAUGUGCAUCCAGAUUCCGACGAUCCGGCUGCAGCUAAAGAUUGUAUCGAUUGGAUCGUGGGUCAGGAUGAACAGCAAAACAGAUCUCGCUCCGAGCGCUCGAGCGAGCCAGAAUCUAUGGCCGAUCCUGAGGACGAGCUAGCAGAGCUCGACCCCGUGUUUGCUGAAGAGCGUCGGCAGCGCCAACGCUCGCCAUUGGCAAGAGACAACGUAGACAAUGACAAUGGCAGCGACGGCGAUGCUACAAACCCGGAGGGUGAUGCGUCAGCCCAACAACAGAAGCGUAAGCGUCGUCGGCGUCACAUUCCUUCCUGGGCGAGCAAGCAUUCCGUCGGCAAGGCUCAGUCUGAGAUCCUGCAUCUCGCCAUUAUGCCAACCACCGUUUCGAUCAUCUACCUCUCGCUGCAUCUGCUCAAAGUUCCUGUCUUCUGGGCUGAUCUCGUCAAGCUCAUCUCUUCUUACAGUCUACCGUACCUCAACGUCGUUCACAUGCUGCCGUUGUCUUUGACACGCUUCUUGAAUAAAGACAACGUUCACCAUCACCAUCUCGACACUGAUACUGUUCCGUCGAUCACGACGCUUCAUCUCCAUACUCUGAGCGUUGCAGACUUGCUUCAACGGACUUAUGGCAUCGACUUCGGACAAGGCAAUGUAUCAGGCCAGCUCGCAAGACUGGUCGAGGGCAUGCUCCUUCCACCGACUUUUUAUGUUGCGACUAAAAAGUUGCUCGAUAUGGUGGGAAAGGGCGUUGGACCGGAGCUGCUUCCCAAUGCAACUCCGAAGGAGGGACCAUUUGGGCGACGCCAGCAGCCAAGUAACGCCUCAGAGGACAAUGACGUACACGCACCGCUUCCGGGUGCAUCUCAGCUUCAGAGAGUGCCGAAAGAGUUUGUUCUCAUGGCAGCAUUGCUGGCCGUCAUCAAAAUGCGAUACGGCCUCGAUGGUCGCGAACGCGUCGAGACCAUCCCGCCAUCGAAUGGCAAUGACAAGGCUAGCACAGCUGGUAUCUCGUGCGCACCACUUCUCGAGCCAUGGCUGUCUGCGCUCGACGCUCGCAAGAAAAGGCAAACGGACUCGGUCGAAGCAGUCGCCGAGAUGGAUCCAGCCGAGAUCGAAGCCCUUCAUAUGACCUUUGGACAAGUCGAAGCAUACGCAGCAUUCGCAGAGCAAAAUCUGCUCCUCUCAAACCAGAUUGAUCUGCACGAGUGGCGUAGACUCGAGCCAGCACGCCGUUGGGCAGCCUUUGCCGACUUCAUGCCUCCCGAAUCGGACGGCAUGAGCAAGAUGGAUCGGGCUACACAAGCGGCUCGCAACCACCUCAAUGGCGCGAAUGCCCGCCAACACAGACAGAGCCAUGAGUGGGAAGAGAUGGAGUCAGAUCUUCGCAGCAUCUACCGACGCCACAUGGCGCGACCUCUCAGCACUCCUUCGUCCUUCACCAUUGAGCCAGGCGUUUCGUACCCAAUGCACCAAUUCCUCUCGAACCCAAACUCUCGACUCGACGCAGAUCCACUCGGUCUCUGCUACUCCCCUGUCUAUCCACGCGUCAUUCACCAUGCAAACGAUCUCGUCGGUAUCCCUACCCCACACUCAGCCGCAGCAGCGAUGGACAUUGUCAUCGACUCAGCAGCGAAAGCAAGGUCGAGAGAUAUGAACGCGACAGUGAAGGGCUGGGAAAGCGCCUGUGGCAUUCAAGCGCAUUUGGAGGUCGUGGAGAGAUUGUUGGAAGCAGAGGUGAAGGCAAGGGCCACGAGGAUGCGCAAGAUGUUGAAGAGGGUCGAGCGGAGGAAGAAGAGUGCGGAUCGAGGGCAGGAUGCGGAACAGACUGCGGACGGUAAUGACGCAGAGAGAGGGGCGGAGGAAGACAGUGGCAGCGAAGACAGCGAGGAGGGAGAUGAGCUUGAAAGCGAAGAAGGGGGGAGCGAAACAGAGGCAGAAAUCGACGACGACGACGACGAGUGA